UCGUCUCUCUCGUCCCUCACAGUUCGCCCAAAACCCAAAUACAAUCUGCGUGAAAUUAUUUAUCAUUAGAUUUUGAGCAAUUUUUCCUGCGAUUCGAUGCCUCCGAAAGCCGACGGAGCCGAAGGUAACAAAUCAACGGCGACAACCAAUCUUUUCCGUCUAUUCUCUUCAAUUUGGAGAUUUCCACUCCGAAAUUAAUCUCAACUCAUUCCAUAUCCGAGUUCGUUUCUUACUCGACAACUAUACUUCUCGGCAACUCAGAGCUCAAACAACCAGUAGCCCUCACCAGAGAAAAGAUAGAGGUAGCACAGAAGGGGAAUGUUGUCAUAGAGAAAAAUGCUGACGGAGAAUACA